CAUUUUGUCUAGAUGAAUGCGUAUUACCCUUUUUACCCCUAUGUCAAAGUUUGCUUAUUUAUAUACAAGUCCUCGUAAUUAUUAUCACUUUCUCACAUCCUUGGACACUGGUUCUUUCCUGCAUAAGCAAGCAUUUGAGUUGUUCUUGAUCUCUGAGGAUUUGAAUUUUGCGACAAUCUUUUUCGAAUUUGUCUCUGAGAAAUUGAAGAGAAACGCCAAGAAAAUGUGUCCUCUCUCAGAACGUCGUGCUCCACCUGGGGUUUACUACACUCCACCGCCGGCGAGAACACGAGAUUAUGUUGCGGCGGUGCCGAUGUCGGAGAGGAGGAUACCACCGUAUACUUGUUCGUCGUCGUCGGAGAAACGUGAUCCCUUUCACAUUGUUCACAAGGUUCCUUCUGGUGAUUCUCCUUACGUCAGAGCCAAACAUGCGCAGUUGAUAUCUAAAGAUCCGAAUCGAGCUAUAGCAUUGUUUUGGGCUGCAAUAAACGCUGGAGAUCGAGUUGAUAGUGCAUUGAAGGACAUGGCAGCGGUGAUGAAACAGUUGGACCGAUCUGAUGAAGCAAUUGAAGCCAUCAAAUCCUUUAGGUAUCUCUGUUCUUUUGAGUCUCAAGACGCCAUUGAUAACUUGCUCCUCGAACUCUUCAAGAAGUCAGGCAGGAUUGAAGAAGAAGCUGGAUUACUUGAGCACAAGCUGAAAACACUCGAGCAAAGAAUGGGAUUUGGUGGUCCAGUCGUGAGAGCCAAAAGGGUUCAAGGGAAACAUGUUACAAUGACUAUUGAGCAAGAGAAAGCAAGGAUACUAGGGAACUUGGGAUGGGUUCAUUUACAGUUACAUAACUAUGGGAUUGCAGAGCAGCAUUACAGGAGAGCUUUGUAUUUAGAAAAGGACAAAAACAAACUGUGCAACCUCGCAAUCUGUUUGAUGCGUAUGGGUCGAAUCCCUGAAGCUAAAUCUCUUCUUAAUGAUGUUAGAGAUUCGUCUGCAGAGAUUGAAUGUGGAGAUGAACCAUUUGCUAAGUCUUAUGAGCGAGCAGUUGAGAUUUUAUCAGAAAUAGAAUCAAAGAAUCCAGAAGCUGAUCUUUCAGAGGAGUUCUACGCAGGAUGUUCAUUUGCAAAUGGAAUGAAAGAAAACAGAGACCCGGGAAUCGCAAACAAGAACUACUACUCGCAUGUUUCUUCUUCUCCAGCGUCUUUUGGACAGAACUCUGCAGGUCUAUUUACACAGCCACGUGAAUGUAGAGCAGGGAUGUAUGAAGAAGAAAAGAGAGGUGCAGCUCGAAAGCUCCUGUUUAAGAAUCCAAAACCUUUUGGUUCUGCGCAUUAUAAUAUCUUAAAGGGAGGAGGAGAAGAACCCAUGAAGCGAAAGAAACUGAACCAGAACAUGAUUCAAUAUCUUCAUGAAUACAUCAAAGAUACUGCAGACGGUCCAAAGAAUGAAUCUAAGAAAAGCUGGGCAGAUAUUGCUGAAGAGGAAGAAGAUGAAGAAGAAAGAUUGCAGGCAGAGCAUGAAACCGCCAAGAUAUAGGAUCUAAUUGUACCAUUGAUCAAGUUUUGGAUCAUAGAAAUUGUAAAUGUUUUUGACAUUGAAAUAUUUUCAUAGACAAUAUAAAAAAGCAUAGGUAAAUGGGAUUACACUCUCGAACAAAUCUUAGUUUUUGGAAAUUCAAUAACAAAACACACCAGGCACAAAAAGAGACAAUUCAAUUCAGAAAAGGAGAGAAAAGAAAAGAG